AUGAGACUCCGCGAAAAGAUUCGCCCGCCAGAGCGCUUUAAUCAAGAACAGUUUUCCAGCCCGUGCCCACAGAAGCCUCUUCGUGAACCUCCAACGCCAGACCGUCCCAGAUUUAUUCCGUUCAACUCCAAUCUUCCUCCUGCGGCGUUUCCCACCUUAGACAAUGCAACCCCCCCAACGCGUGAUGACGGACAAGAAUAUGAACGAGGACGACAUGUCAGCACUUCAAUGCCCGCCAGGGAGCAUACCAAAAGUGGUCACAGGGGAGAGAAAAAGCUGGAGGAAGACGCAAUGGCAUGCUUACAGAAUCACCCCCCAGAAACCUUCGAAAACCUGAUUGCAAGUAACGGGGAGCUUAACCCAGUCUACAUGAGAAACAUGGCCGUCCUGGCCACUAUGGGCAGGGAGUCACCAAUCGAUGGAGCCAUGGCGGACAGUGAUAUAGACGAGGUUAUGCUUGAUGCUUCUGAUGAGGAUAAGGUGGAGAUACCCUCACCGACACUCCAGCCGAAGUGGAGUGACCUUUCUCCCCAAAUUCAAGUUGAGAUCGUCAACAACAUGCUUCGAGAUAUCGACUGGUUAACCAUGUGCCACUUAUUGGGGCUCACCGCAGAGGAGCGUGAGGAAGUCCAGAAAAACAUCCUUCUGCGAGAGCAGCAGGCAAAGCAGGAAGACUUACACCUGGAGGAGAUGCGAGCAAAGCAGCUGAGGGCGCUUCUGAGGACUGACAACACGACUCGAGGCUACAACCGAGUUCCGCACCAGGGCGUUUUCAGCAAGAUCUCCCGCCGGUUCUCGGGCAAGUUGCAAGAUACCUUCAACUCAGACUUCCUGUUAUGCCACGCCAACGAAGUUUUGGAUGCCAAAUUAUUUCUAUGCACGCGGGGGGUGGAUCGAAAGUAUGCUGGAGAAUGGAGCAGUGGCAUAUCUGCGUGGUGGGUCCCCGAGGAUCAUGACUUCGGGUUGCGCUUAGAAGGUGAUUGGAAAUCUGAGCCAUGCGCUGUGGACUUCUCCGGCCUUUCUGCAAAUGGCUCAGCACAUGGAGCUUUUGAUGCUGAUGCAGCUGAGUUGCCUACGCGCCAUAGGGUAUCUUCGACCAGUAUGACAGCUAGAUACUGUCCCAACCCUGCAAGGAAUUGGCAACUGCAUAAAGGUGACGUGAAUUGCCUCCUGCAAUGGCGCCCAAAUAGUCACCAGACCAGGCCGGAGAGAGUCUACUACAACCGUCGGGAGAAUGGGCUACUAUGUCUGGGUAUCACCGAGGAGAGGUUCGCUCAAUAUAGUGAUACCAGAUGGAAGUAUGUCAAACCAGAGUGGACAUUUAGGCAGCCGCCGCUGGACUGGCUGUUCCACGAGAAGCCUCCACCAAGCCUUGAAAAACUUUAUGGACUUAACCGCUCAAAGCCUGUGUCAAACAAGCCCCAGCAAGCGGCUUUUGUUCCCUCGACGCGGCCCUCGGAGACAAAUGUCGGGGGAAAUGGAGCCCACAGCCGUGGCGUCCACACUGCAUCUUCUCUGAGGGUAGUACAGCGACACGAAGGAUUGAGGUCAGAGGUACAGAGACGAGCACCGGCGAUGCAAAACAGUGACAGAAUGUAUGUUACCUUUUCUGAGUCAGGGCAAACUUCUAGUCCUACAAUCUGGUCCCCACAAGCAACCCCAGAGAAAACAGUGUCCCUGACCGGCUCAGACUGCCUCUCCACAGGGGAUAGGGAUAGAUCCCCACCCGCAAACACGAAGUCACCUAUACCACUGGAUUCUAAGGAGAAUUCCACUGAAUCUUCUGACCACAAGGUAGAGCACUUUUCGAACGACGACCCGGGGUCGGACAGCUGCUCCCAAGGGCCAGCUCAACUAGAAUUCACAGAGGAACGAAUAAGCCACACAAAUGAGGAAAAUAACAGCGGUGAUGAUGGAGGGGAGGACGAGCAAGAUGAAGACGAGGUCGUGCUUCUACCCGUUUCGGCGUUUUCCAGGGCGACUGGAGAGAAGACUGACCGUGACAGACGAUAG